CGCCGCGCAUGCGUCGAGCGCGGCCCCGCCCCGAGUCCCCGCCGGUACCGGCUGCCCCGAAACCGGCGGGGUUGGCACAGCAGUCCCGGUAAGUUUCCAAAAAAUCAGGAUCGCAAAUAACAAACAAACCAAACAACCAGCGAGCUUGUGAAAACGCGGGUAAAAUACACAUAAAUAUCGGUAGUUUUAGCCGAAAGCAGCAGAUUUGCGGGAAAAAACAAGCGCGGCGACUUCCCGAAAAAGCGGCGGGUUUGGAAGGAAAACAGCGAGUUUCUGAAAAAGCGGCGGGUUUGGAAAGGAAACGCGGUUCUGAAGAAGCAGUGGAUCUGGGGAAAAAAACUCAAAAAGAACGCCGAACAACAACAACAAAGUUCCCGAAAAAGCAGAGUUUCCACAGAAAAAUAGAUAAAAAUCAAACAGCGUUAUCCCAACGGUUUGGCUGCCGGACGCGGAUUCACGGCCCCAUUUCAUGGGCGCUUGGCGCUGGGGGGGUGUCCCCCCCGGGAACGUCUCCGGGUGUCCCAAUGGGUCCCGCUGGGUCAUGGACGUGUUCAACGAGUGCGCCCAGGACGGCCGGGACGUCGCCAGCGUCAUCCUGGGGUUGGUUUCCAUCCUCUGCUUCGCCGCCGCGUCUUUUCCGCAGUUUUACCAAGCCUGCAAAACCGGCAUCAUGGACCGGGCUCUCUCCAUAUAUUUCUUGCUGGGGUGGCUGGGUGGAGACCUCCUGAAUCUCAUCGGUUCCUUCCUGGCCCAUCAGCUGCCACUGCAGGUUUACACAGCUGUUUACUACGUGCUGGCAGACCUGGUGAUGCUGUCUCUCUACUGCUACUACAAAGUGAAGAACCGAGGCGGAGGGUUCACGGCCCCGAUCAACGCGGUCUUCGUCUGCCUUACGCUGGGGAUGGUGUCGACCGUCUCCUUCCUGGGCAGAGAUACUGCUGUGCCGCAGGACCCGCUGAUGUUUAAAGGGAGAUCUCUGCUGUCUGCUCAUGGGGAUGAGCCUGGCUCAAAGCCUUUCACCAGAAGCGAAAUCAUUGGCUUCACCAUCGGCUCCAUCUCCUCCGUGCUGUACCUGUGCUCCCGAGUCCCCCAGAUCUACACUAAUUACAAGAGGAAGUCCACCGCCGGUGUCUCCUACUCCCUCUUUGCCCUGGUGAUGCUGGGGAACUCGCUCUACGGGCUCAGCGUCCUCCUCAAGAACCCCGAGCCGGGCCAAGGCGAAGGCGACUACGUCCUGCACCACCUGCCCUGGCUGGUUGGCAGCCUGGGCGUCCUCUCCCUCGACGUGGUCAUCUCCUUCCAGUUCCUUGCUUAUCGGGGAGGAAGACCUGGUACCCGCGAAGAGAGGGAUGCUCUGCUCGGUGAGCAGGGUGACAACCUGGAGAGCUGACCAAGGGACCUUCCCCGGAGUGAGAACAGGAUGAUUCAGAGGAGAAAACUGGUCCUAAAGCCGGACAAACCAGCGCUUCCAUCCUGCUGGCUCUUGGGAGGACUUAAGCCCGUGAGUGACACAUUGUGUUGCUGAGCCCAGCCAGGUGCCAGAGGAUGCUGCUGAGAGACCUCGUGCCUCUUUGGUACCAAUGAUGCCAAUGGGAUAAACAGGGAAUUAUUUGAUACCUCAAAAGGUCGCUCUGUGCUGCUCUUACACCCCACAGCUGAGCCUGGUCACUUCUGUCUCUCAAGGGUGACCUGGAGCUUUCCUGGUUCCAGCAAAUUGGGAAGAGCCUGAGGGGACAGAGGUGACCGACCUGCCACCAACACGAGCACCAUGUACCUCUGUGCGCCUCUCCUCUCCACCGCCGAGCUUUCUUUGCUGACUGCAACCGGCUCGGAAGGAACGAGCAGCGUAACCAAAGCGUUUGGGUCCACACGUACCCGUUUUAAUUAGCACAGCUCACACGUCUAUAAAACAAGUCCUUGCCCCACGUGCCUCCCUUGGUUUUAUUUGCCGGUUCUGGCAGCUCCUGCCUCUUUCUUAACGCAUCUUAUCAUCUCUGUUUCUCCGAGUUCUCAUUUUGUGCCUUGCCCAUGUUUUAAUUGCAGGGAUAUCUUGGGGAAAUUGCUCCAUCUCUUUCUGUUGAGCUGCGGAGGCAGUCAGCCAGGCAGAAGAUGUUUUCUGGUCCUGCCCUCUCUUGUUGAUGAAUUUAUCCCCAACUUGAUGAAUUUAUCCCCAACACUGAUGAAUUUAUCCCCCCUCGGAGCCCCGCACACCAGCACGGUGGCUCCCACCCUUCUACCGCGCUGCCCAGUCUCCCUGGGCAAGGAAGAUCAACCAGAAGGAAAAUCUAAAACAAGUUGUCCUCAAAACAAUAACUUUCCUUUUCCUGCAGUUGCUAUUAGCUCUUUUUGCUCCCCCUUUCCCCUCCUCCAGCUGCUUCCCCGCUGUCGGCCUUUGGCUUUAGCUGUAUUAUCAUUAAUUUAUGAUUCUUCAGCCAGUCUUGUGACGUUUGUCCUUCCCGAGGAAGUCAAACCACAGCCCCGCGGUGACACGGCUCAGCCCGAUCGGAGGCGAAAUGGGGCUCGGAAUACCCAACACCCAUCAAACUGCAGCAGCGGGUUAAUUAAUACAUGGGCUGAUCCAUUUGUUUCCAGAAAUAGAAAGAACACUUUCCAGGCUCUUUGAGCCCAUUGAACAAAGCAGGUGGGUUUUUCACUGCAUUAAUUCACAAUCCUUCCCUUCCAGGCUCGCAGGCAAUGGGGCUGCAAGCCCCAAACCCGUCCUGGAUUUCCUCUGCUGUCUUUCCCCAGGCAUCAGAGUAAAACAAUUCCUAUAUGGUACUAAAAACAAUUCCUAUAUAGUACUAAAAACCACGAGCACAUUCCUAACAAGACAAAAAGCACAGCUCCCUUAGACCUCAAUACCUGUUUAUUACAGAUAAAGACUCCAGGGCUUGGUUUUAUUAAAGGAGUGUAUUUUAAGCUCAGCUCAGCCCUGAAGCGCUGGGGAAGGCACAGCUGGUUUACAGAGCUGGAUUUACUAAGCUGAGCCACGCAGGGGGAUAGGACGGGAUCUGGCCUGCCUGCCUUGCGGAAAUGAAGAGCCUUAUCUCAUCUGCCAUUCACAACAUGAAAUAAUUCCCACGUAUCAUCUAAACAAGGGCUUUCCUUGUGGCUAGACAAAAAAGCUCUAACAUAAGGAGGUAAAGAAAUACAUAUAUAGUACCCAAACCAUCAGGUUAGUAUCAAAACCAUCAGGUUACACCACUUCGGGAAGAGAAAGAGGAAUAAAAACUGCUGCAUUGACCCUGUAGCUCACACCUGGACGACUGUGGAAUUGCACACGAGCAACUGGGGUGUCCCUGUGUAGCCCAAGUCAACUAUGAGCAUGUAUUCAAUAUUAACGCCAAACAGGCUCUGUUUGCACAGGUUCACCCAAAGGCUCGUUCCAACAGGAUGGGCCCGGCCGGUAUUUGCUUUCUCAGUUUCACCAGGAUGAAGAGUUUGUUGUAACUAAAGCAUAAAGUUUGUCAUAACCAAAGGACAAAGUUUGUUAUAACCAAAGCACCUUGGUGCUGUGCAACAUCCUUUUGACCGCCGAGGGUUUAAAGGGGACAAACCACAAUGUGCAGAAGGAGCUUUUGGGGGAGCACCCAUGGUUGGAACCAUCCACCUCAAUCACCACGCGAACCCAGCGGCCUCUGCUCGGAGCGUUCGGACACGUGGGUUCAACCGUGGGUAUUUGUAACGCACCUGGGAAAGCUGGAAUCAUCCUCCUCCUCUCUGUCAAUGCUCUCCGUGUUUCCCAAAGCAUCGAUCCCUGCAGGACGCCAAUGUCUCGGGAGCCCAGCGGGCAGAGGAACGCAGCUCCAUCCCGCUCCACCUGCCAAGAGCAUCGGGACAGCGAACCCGCGGGAAAACAACUUCCAGCUGAACUGGGUGCGAGAGAAAAACAAAUAUAUAUAAAUAAAACCUUUCUCAUUUUCUAUGGCCACAUAA